AUGGCACAGAACAGCUUCCAGAUCUUGAAGAGCCGAGACGAAUCGCCUGGAAGCAUCUUGAUGGCGCUGGGAGAACCAACGUGCAUGAAGGAUCUCAAAGUCGAGGAUAUCACUAUCAACGAAGCAACCGCUCCAGAUGCAUUUGAGCCAGAAACUCCCCCGGAUGGUGGUUGGGAAGCAUGGAUAGUGGUUUUCGGAUCAUUCUUUGCCUUUAUGUGCAGUUUUGGCUGGUUGCAAUGCAUCGGCAUAUUCCAAGAUUAUUACCAGAAUGAUCUACUCCGUGGAAUGUCCCCGAGUUCCAUUGCCUGGAUUUCCUCCGUCCAGUCAUUUGUGCUAUAUAUCAUGGGAGUUGUCUCGGGAAAGCUAUAUGAUAGCUAUGGACCAAGGUGGCCUCUGUUGGUAGGCUCAUUUCUCACUGUCCUUGGGAUGAUGAUGACGUCCAUCUCCAAAGAGUAUUAUCAGAUCUUUCUUUCCCAAAGUAUCUGCUGGGCUGUGGGACUGUGUCUUGUUUUCUUCACUACCGCAGGUGUCUUGGGGACUUGGUUUAAAAUACGUUAUCCCCUAGUAAUAGCUAUUGCUGUGUGUGGAUCCAGCCUUGGUGGAGUCAUCUUCCCGAUCAUGAUGGAUCGCAUCAUGCCGUCUUUGGGGUUUCCAUGGGCAGUUAGAAUCGCUGCUUUCCUGAACCUGGGUCUUUUGGUUCUUGUAAACUUGACGGUUAAAUCCCGGAUUCCACCACAGCCUCAACCACUACGCAUUUCAGAGUUUACCAAGCCUUUCGCCAAGCUUCCCUUUUCUCUGACCGUGUUAGGCACAUGCCUGGUAUACUUCAGCAUAUUCUUACCUUACAACUACGUCAUUGUACAGGCUAGAGAGGCUGGAAUGUCCUCGACGUUUGUUCAAUAUCUAGUGCCGAUUAUGAAUGCAGCAAGUGUACCUGGACGUCUCAUACCGGGCCAUCUAGCCAUUCGUUACGGCGGGUACAACAUUUUCAUAAUCAUAUCGACAGUAUCGGGUGUGCUCUGCCUUGCAUUAUGGCUACCUGCAAAAUCAGAUGCGGCUCUAGCGGCUUUUGCUGGACUGUACGGUGCUUUUGGUGGCGGUAUAUUCACCAUGGUUUCGUCACUGGUCAUUUAUGAUUGUCCUAUCCGUGAGUUGGGAGUUCGGUAUGGGACUUUCUUUAUGUCAGUUUCGUUUCCGUUGCUUGCGGGGAAUCCAGUUGGUGGAGCAAUCGUUUCGCUUGAAGAUGGAGGAUAUACCGGCUUAAAAAUAUUCACGGGAGUUACCUUACUAGCUGGGGUAUUUUUUGUCACCGCCGCGAGGUUAUUGAUCACUCGCUUUAAAGUCAGGGUCGUGAUAUAG